GCUCGUUUCGUUACUAACAUGGCUGAAGCAAUUGCCUUUGAUGCUGCGGAAUUACUGCUAAGGAAGCUUACUUCUUAUGCUUAUCAAGAGGUUUCUCGAGCCUACGGCGUGUAUAAAGAUUUGCGAGUGAUCAAAGACACUCUAACAAUUGUCAGAUGUCUGCUGUUGGAUGCAGAGGAGAAGAAGAACCAACAGCACGCAUUGCGUGAAUGGCUGAGACAGACUCAAAACAUUUGCUCUGAUGCUGAAGAUGUAUUGGAGGGAUUUGACUUGCAGGACAAGCGAAAGCAAGUUAUCAAGGAUUCUCGAAGCACCAGCAUGAAGGUACGCCACUUCUUUUCUUCCUCUAAUCCACUUGCUUUUCGCAUUAAGAUGGCGCGUCAAAUCAAAGAUAUUAGGAACAGAUUGGAUAAGGUAGCAUAUGAUGGGACCAGGUUUGGACUUGCAACCAUCAAUGUCGAACCAGGACUUGUUGUUCACAGGAGAGAAAUGACUUAUCCUGAUGUUGAUGCAUCAAGUGUAAUAGGAAGAGAGAGUGACAGGGAAGAAAUUAUCAAGCUUUUGAUGCAACCACAUCCUCACGGUGAUGAUGAUGGCGAUAAAAGUAUGUGCGUUAUUCCCAUUGUGGGAAUUGGAGGCUUGGGGAAAACCACACUUGCAAAGUUGGUGUUCAAUGAUAAAAGGGUGGAUCAACUUUUCCAAUUGAAGAUGUGGGCAUGUGUCUCCAACGACUUUGAUAUUAGGCAGAUAAUUAUUAAAAUUGUAAACUCAGCUUCUACUUCCAAGUUUGCUUCAACUUCAGCUUCAAGUGUUACUUUUCCUCACCAAGAAAACAUUAACAACUUAGAUAUUGUACAGCUUGUAAGUUGUCUGAGAUCUAAAAUUUCUGGUCAAAAGUUUUUACUUGUGUUAGAUGACAUAUGGAAUGAUGAUCGUGCAAAAUGGACUGAGUUGAAAGAUUUGAUAAAAGUUGGCACAGUAGGAAGCAAAAUGAUGGUUACAACACGUAGCAAAUCAAUUUCUUCAAUGAUGGGCACUGUUCCGUCGUAUGUUUUACAUGGCCUUUCUGUAGAGAAUUGUUUAUUUUUGUUUGUCAAAUCGGCAUUUAAGGAAGGUGAAGAAGAAAAAUUCCCAAAUUUAGUGGCGAUUGGAAAAGAAAUUGUGAAAAAAUGUCAUGGAGUUCCAUUAGCAGUAAAAACAUUAGGAAGUUCUCUGUUUUCUAAAUUUGAUUUAAAUAAGUGGAAAUUUGUAAGAGAUUCUGAAAUAUGGAAUUUAGAACAAAAGAAAGAUGAUAUUUUACCUGCAUUAAAACUAAGUUAUGAUCAAAUGCCGUCCUACUUAAGGCACUGUUUUGCUUAUUUUUCCCUAUAUCCCAAAGAUUUUACAUUUCUUGCUGGUGAUAUUACUAGUCUUUGGGUAGCUCUUGGAUUAGUUCAACCCCGAAAUGGAAAUGAAAAUUUGGAGAAUGUUGCAAGAGAAUAUAUUGAUGAGUUACAUUCAAGGUCAUUUCUUCUAGAUUUUGACGACAUUGGUCACUUUUUCAAUUUCAAAGUACAUGAUUUGGUGCACGAUCUUGCAUUGUAUGUUGCGAAGGAGGAGUGUGUACUAGUACAGUCCAAUACUCGAAAUAUACCCGAGCAAGCAAGACAUUUGUCAAUUUUUGAAAAUGAUUCACUUGGCCAUGCUUUGUUUCUCAAGUCCAAACAAGUAAGAACUAUAUUGUUUCCCAUUGAUAGAGUGGGUCUUGACCGUGAUUCUCUUUUGGAUACAUGGGUAUCAAGAUAUAAAUACUUACGGAUUUUAGAUUUAAGUGAUUCUUCAAUGGUUACUCUACCCAUUUCAAUUGCUAAAUUGGAGCACCUGCGUGUUCUCAAUCUAACCAAUAACUGCAAAAUCAAAAGACUUCCCCAUUCUAUUUGCAAGCUCCUAAAUUUGCAAGUCUUGUUACUUACUGGAUGCAUGGAGCUUGAAACAUUACCUAAUGGAUUAGGGAAGCUGAUCAGCCUUCGACAACUGUUUAUAACGACAAAACAAUUUGUUCUGCCACAAAAUGAAUUUGCAAGCUUCAAGCAUCUUCACACUUUGGAUUUUUAUCGUUGUGACAAUUUGAAAUUUUUGUUCAAUGGCACACGACAACUUACUUUCGUUGAAACAUUGAGUGUUCAAUCAUGCGGAAGCUUGGAGUCCUUAUCUCUUUAUAGUUUUCCUAAAUUGCAGACUUUGUACCUUGCAGACUGUAAGAUGUUAACCAUGUCAUUGAACAAUGAAUCACCAAUUCAAAGAAUGCCGAUGAGACAUUUGUAUCUUGAGGAAUUUCCGGGGCUUUUGACAUUGCCGAGAUGGAUUGUAGGCAUUGCAGACACUUUAGAGACCUUGGUAAUUACAAAGUUUCCAAAUCUUAAGAUGCUUCCUAAGUGUUUCACAGCAUUGACUCAUCUUAAGAGGCUCGACAUUCGUCACUGUCCUCAACUGUCAACUCUUCCAAAUGACAUUCAACGACUCACUGCACUUGAAGAUUUGCGCAUAUAUCGUUGUCGAGAAUUGUGCCAAAAAUGUCGGCCUCAAUUUGGUGAGUACUGGCCCAUGAUUGCCCACAUCAAGCGCAUUUCCAUUGGAAAACAAAAACUAAGUCAUUGACCUUGAAGGAUAAGGUAUAGAGGAUGAGGCUUGAGCAGAAAAGGGAUAAGCAGUUUGAUGGUAGACAAAAAGAGAAGAUUAGACUCUAUAAGAGUUGUGGCCUUGAGAGUGCAAAAGAUUGGGAAGAAAAAAAAAAAGAAUGUCAGCCUGAGGCUUUAGAUUCUCUAAAUUACAAUACCUCUUCAAUAAUGUAUGUUUGUAUAUUUGGUAAAAUUGUCAUCAUGAAAUUUUUAUAUCAUUUCUUUUACUAUUUGGAUUGACAGGCUUUGUAAGAGUGUUUUUAAAAAUAUAAUAAGUUGGGGAUAUACUUGAGAAAAUACCUCAACUUUAUCUCUGCUCAUUCUCAGGACCGUGUAAAACAAAUCUAAUAAAUUAGGAUAUUGCAAAACAAA